AUGAAUAAACAAUUAAUAAGUUUUGUUCUUCUUUUGUUAUUUUCAUGUUUGGUUAAUGUACACGGAGAGGAUCCUUACCUGACUUUCGAGUGGAAUGUUACUUAUGGUACUAGUUCUCCACUUGGUGUGCCACAACAAGUCAUUUUGAUCAAUGGUCAAUUCCCCGGACCUAAAAUCAAUUGCACAUCAAACAACAACAUUAUUGUCAAUGUGUUCAAUCAAUUGGAUGAACCACUCCUUAUAACAUGGAAAGGGAUCCAACAAAGGAAGAAUUCGUGGCAAGAUGGUAACCCAGGGACGAAUUGUCCAAUCCCUACUGGAAAAAAUUUUACUUAUCAUUUUCAGGUUAAAGAUCAAAUCGGUACCUAUUACUACCACCCUACUACAGCGUUACAUAGGUCAGUUGGAGGGUAUGGUCCCAUAACUAUAUAUAGUCGCGCUUUGAUCCCUGUCCCAUUUGAUGCCCCAGCUGAUGAUUUCACCGUUCUCGUGAGUGAUUGGUACACUAAAAGUCAUAAAACAUUGAAAGGCCUUUUAGACACCGGACGUUCACUUGGAAGGCCAGAAGGGAUUGUUAUUAAUGGUAAAAGCGGAAAAGGUGAUGGCAAGGAUGAGCCUAUGUUUACAAUGGUCAAGGGUAAGACGUAUAGGUUUAGGUUUUGCAACGUCGGGAUGAAGGAUACUAUCAAUGUUAGAAUCCAAAGACAUACAAUGAAACUUGUAGAGAUGGAAGGAUCUCACACAGUUCAAAACUUGUAUGAAUUGAUUGAUGUUCAUUUGGGUCAAUGCUUAUCAGUCUUGGUCACUGCUGAUCAAGACCCUAAGGACUAUUUCAUUGUGGCUUCUUCACGUUUUACCAAAGAACCACGUGUCGCCACCGCCACCAUCCGUUAUGCCAACGGUAACGGCCCCGCCUCUCCGGAAUUGGGAGAAGCCCCGGAAGGAUGGGAAUGGUCACUCAACCAAUUCAACUCCUUCCGUUGGAAUUUAACCGCGAGUGCAGCUAGACCUAACCCGCAAGGUAGUUACCACUACGGACAAAUCAAUAUCACACGUACCAUAAGGUUAGUGAGCACGUCCGGCGUUAUCGAUGGGAAACGUCGUUAUGCCAUCAACGGCGUCUCGCACAGGGAUCCUGAGACACCUAUUAAGUUGGCUCAAUACUAUGGUGUUGAGGACAAGGUGUUCAAAUAUGGCCUAUGUAAGGAUGAGUAUAUACCACCAAGUGGAAAUGAAAUAAUCACAAUUGCACCUAAUGUGGUUAAUGCUACAUAUCGCAAUUUUGUGGAAAUUAUACUUGAAAACCAUGAGAAGACUGUUCAAUCUCGGCAUUUGGAUGGUUACAACUUCUUUGCUGUUGCGAUUGUACCGGGGAGAUGGAAGCCAGAGAUGAGACAAAACUACAACUUACUUGAUGCAGUGAGUAGGAGCACAAUCCAAGUAUACCCAAACUCAUGGGCUGCAAUUAUGAUAACUCUUGACAAUGCUGGGCUUUGGAAUUUAAGGUCCAAUUCACUUGAAAGACAAUAUUUGGGCCAUCAACUCUAUUUUAGUGUUCUUCCACCAAACAAAUCUUUGAAAGAUGAGUACAACAUGCCUGAUAAUGAUGUAUUGUGUGGACUCAUCAAGGAUUUGCCUCAUCCAAAACCUUACUCCAUAUAA